AUGAUUGAAAACCACAUCAAAAAAGUUAAGCGCAAAGACGCGACGAUUCCGUUACGAUAUGGGGUGGAAGACAACUGGCACUGGGAUAAGGAUGACAAGUCCAAUGAGGUUGUGCUGUAUGGGCCCGAUAUGCGGAUCGCACACUUCCAUCCCAAGUGGAGCAACGGAACGGCUGCUGUCAGGGGCACUAAAGUGCUUAAUCGCUGCUCUGCAAGAUUUUAUUGGGAAAUAGAUAUAUGUGAGCGCAUAUUUGGCACCAGUAUGAUGUUUGGUGUGGCCACUAAGCACUCCAGACUUCACGCCGACUCCUUCCUCAACAUAAUAGGUGAAGACCAGCACAGCUUUGGACUCUCACACAAGGGUUUGCUUUGGCAUAACGGCCGGUGGCAGUCAUACACCCGACCCUUUCGUGAGAACGAGUCCACAACUAUUGGCCUUUUGUUUGACUCCAAAGAAGGGACUCUCACUUAUUUCAAAGAUGGCAUAUCUCUCGGCAUUGCAUUCACUGGACUUCAUCUAAUUGGAGAGGAAUUGUAUCCAAUCAUCAGUUCCACUGCAGCUAAGACUGAGAUGACUGUGAAUAAUAUGCGACGAGAAUAUUACAAUCUUCAAGACAGGUGUAGACACGUUAUACUUAAGAGUCUUCGCAGUGAGAGUGAUGUCCAGGAGCUGAACCUUCCGAACGCUAUUCAGAUGUAUUUGAGAACCAAUCGGGAAGAGCACCACAAAGCCAGGAGUCAAGUGAAGGAACCACCGUGUCAACUAAAGGCAGACUCUAUACUAUACUAA